UGAGUACAAAUUAAAAUACAUUUCUAAAAUGAGUGAGAAAGUAGUAAAAGUACUAUGGGCUGGUAGACUGGGUUAUGGAGUAGGACUUCGUCUGCAAAAAGCAUUGACCUCUCAUCAUAAUGACACAAAUUUAAAUAUGGCAGUACGAAAUACUUUAGUUCUAGUAGAACACAAUCCCGUGUACACAAUUGGAAUACGAACAACAGGCUAUACUCAGGAAGAUGAAGAUAAGCUGAGAAAACUUGGUGCAGAGUAUUAUAAGACAAAUAGAGGAGGUCUCAUAACCUUUCACGGACCUGGCCAGCUAGUAGCAUAUCCUAUAAUAGAUUUGAGGCAGUUUAAAGCAAGUGUUAGGUGGUACGUUUGUCGAAUAGAAAAAAUGAUAAUAAGAUUGUGUGCAGAAUUUGGUUUAAGGGGACAAACUUCACCAGACACUGGUGUUUGGAUCGAAGACAAAAAGAUCUGUGCCAUUGGCAUUCAUGGUAGUCGCUAUAUCACAACACAUGGAUUAGCUUUAAAUUGCAAUACUGAUUUAACAUGGUUCGAACACAUAGUUCCAUGUGGUAUAAAGGGUAAGGGUGUGACGAGCAUCACCAAAGAGCUUAAUGCUGAAGUCACUGUCGAAGAAGUAAUACCAAUAUUCAAGAAUGCCUUUAAAGACGAGUUUCAAUGCUCUUUAAUAGAAUAUCCAGCAGGUGAAGCAUCACAGUUACUGCGAACUGCUACAAAAGAGGAAGUAUUAAAAAGUAGUUAAAAUUAGUAUAACCAUAGUAUCAAAUUUAGAUUAAUUAAUGCUCUAGUAUAAGCAAUAGUAAUAGCUAUGAAAAUUAGGAUUUUUACAAUACGGACAGCAUGAAUUACAAAUUAUUAUUGUUAAUGGUGUUUUAAUCAAAUUAUACUGAAUGCUCUACUUUCAGAUUGCAAUGUAUUUUAAUAUUUUUGUCAAUAAAUACAUUAACAACA